CCUGCCAGUCUGACGGCAGUAUGUUCCAGUCUGAGGGCAAGACCUGCCAGUCUGAGGGCAGUACGUUCCAGUCUGAGGGCAAGACCUGCCAGUCUGAGGGCAGUACAUUCCAGUCUGAGGGCAGUAUGUUCCAGUCUGAGGGCAAUACGUUCCAGUCUGAGGGCAAUACCUGCCAGUGUGAGGGCAAUACCUGCCAGUCUGAGAGCAAUACGUUCCAGUCUGAGGGCAAUACGUUCCAGUCUGAGGGCAAUACGUUCCAGUCUGAGGGCAAUACCUGCCAGUCUGAGGGCAAUACCUGCCAGUCUGAGAGCAAUACGUUCCAGUCUGAGGGCAAUACCUGCCAGUCUGUGGGCAAUACGUUCCAGUCUGAGGGCAAUACCUGCCAGUGUGAGGGCAAUACGUUCCAGUCUGAGGGCAAUACGUUCCAGUCUGAGGGCAAUACCUGCCAGUGUGAGGGCAAUACGUUCCAGUCUGAGGGCAAUACGUUCCAGUCUGAGGGCAAUACGUUCCAGUCUGAGGGCAAUACGUUCCAGUCUGAGGGCAAUACCUGCCAGUCUGAGACUUUUCCUUCACUGACAUAUUAAAUAGAAGGAGACAAACAAAUGUUUUUGCAGGGCAGGACAAUGAGGGGUUAAUUAUAAUGGGAUUUUUGUUUCAGAUUUGCCACAGCUCUGGGUUAUUCUCAGGGGCAGUUGUGUAAGGGGCAUUAUGUCUAUGACAUGGGGCAGCUAUUACUGUGUUUACACUUGGGGUAGUUUUAGCCGGGGGG